GAUGGCGCUGUGUGGCGGCGGCGCGGCGGAGCGCGGGCGGCGGCGGCGGGCGGCGUGACCCCGCCGGGGGGCGGCCGCGCUGCAUGGGGCCGGGGGCCGGCCGGCAUGGAGGGGGUCCUGUACAAGUGGACCAACUAUCUGAGCGGCUGGCAGCCUCGGUGGUUCCUUCUCUGUGGUGGCAUCCUGUCCUAUUAUGACUCUCAGGAAGAUGCCUGGAAGGGUUGUAAGGGAAGCAUCCAAAUGGCUGUUUGUGAAAUUCAAGUUCAUCCUGCAGAUAACACACGAAUGGACCUGAUUAUCCCAGGGGAGCAGUACUUCUAUCUGAAGGCAAGAAAUGCAGUUGAAAGGCAAAAGUGGCUGGUUGCACUAGGAACUGCCAAAGCCUGUCUGACUGACAGCAGGACACAGAAGGAAAAAGAGUUCACUGAAAACACAGAAGCCUUGAAGACUAAAAUGUCUGAACUUAGACUGUACUGUAACCUCCUUGUUCAGCAAGUGCAUAAAACAAAGGAAGCCAGCAUUUCUGGUGUGUCAGAACCAGAGAGUGAGAUUGAUAUGGGAGCUCUGUUGAAAUCAACCUGUGACACUUUCCUGAAGACUCUUGAAGAAUGUAUGCAGAUUGCAAAUACUGCCUUCACUUCUGAGUUACUGCAUCAGACCCCACCUGGAUCCCCAAAUUUAGCAGUUCUCAGAACAAGCAAGGUAAAGCACUCUGUCUUGUCCAGUCACACCUCAACAGAAAGGCAGAUGGAAUUGAACCCCUGUGAAAAUGGCUGUGUAAAAGCAGAAAUGAACCAUCAAGAGCAAGCAGUUGUUAAAAGUAUGGAAUGUUUAAACUUGGAAACAAAUCAGAGAACUGGUAAUGUCUGGGUUGAAGAUCAUGCAGCAAAGUGUUUGGCAGACAUUAAAGAUGAUGGAGGGGACAAUAUGCAAGCUGUAGAAAGCUGUAAUGCCCACAAGUUGCUGCAGUCAGAAACAAACUCUUUAAGUGGAUUGACUCUGUGUGAGGAAGAAAGAAAUGAAAAUGAUUCUCCUACCUUCUUCAGUGUCAUGAGCAAUAGGUUCAGUGAUAUUGAGCUUCGGGAGGAGGAGGGCAUACCAACAGAGGAGUUCCUGGAGUCAUGUUAUGCAAUUGUGCCAGUUCUGGACAAGCUGGGACCAACUGUUUUUGCUCCAGUUAAGAUGGAUUUUGUAGGCAACAUCAAGAAAAUAAACCAGAAAUUUAUAACCAACAAAGAAGAGUUUGAUACCCUUCAGAAGAUUGUGCUCCAUGAAGUGAAUGAAGGUGUAGCACAAGUUAGAAACUCUGCUACAGAGGCUCUCCUGUGGCUGAAAAGAGGUUUAAAGUUCUUGAAAGGAUUUUUGACGGAAGUGAAGAAUGGGGAAAAGAAUAUCCAAACAGCUCUGAACAAUGCCUAUGGAAAGACAUUACGGCAGCACCACGGUUGGGUUGUCCGCGGGGUCUUUGCAUUAGCUUUAAGGGCAGCUCCAACAUAUGAAGAUUUUGUGGCAGCUCUGUCUGUAGAUGAGUGCGAUCCUCAGGAAGAAACAUUUUACAAAGGAAUGCAGAGGGACCUCAACAUUUACUUACCAGCCAUGGAGAAGCAGCUAAAUAUCUUGGACACUCUCUAUGAAGUCCAUGGUUUGGAGUCAGAUGAGGUGGUAUGACUACAGCAAGACCACAUCUUAAAAAUUCAGGGACUGUGUCUGUUAACAAAGAUUUCUUUCUUUUUGGUUUUGGGAUGUCGUUUCUGUUCAUUGUAUCUUUUCAGGUGGGAGGGGUGUUGAGUGUUUUGGGGGAAGGGUAUUUGUGAUUUUUAUCUUUUCAUUGCUUGUGGUGCAUUUAAAUGCAGAGGUACUGUCUCUCUUUGGAUCAUAACUAUGUCCAUGAUGAAUGUUUUUGAUUGUUUCUCUUCUGCCUGUACACCUCCUCUUCUCUUCACCUCAUGAAAGUAACAGAACAGAAUUUGGCCUUUGCUGCUGUACCUGAGGAGAGACUUGCUUAUGCAGCAGAGCUGUUGGGUCACCAGCAUGGCACCCAGGCAUGUGCUGCUGCCUCUGACUCUCCCAUUCCCUGUGCCCACUCCCUGCCAUGGCGUAGGAUAGUGAGAGUUAUUGUUACUCUGGUAGCAGCUAUAGGACAGCUAAACACCAGCUUAUAAUGUGGUGAGUUUGUCCCUCAAUUUGGGUUGAAGCUCUUUAAUGCAAAUAAUAUAUUUGCAUGACAUAAGUAUUUACUAAGUUAAAUAAACAUUUUGACCCAAAUAUUACGAAGAUCUUCACCACAGGUGUAUGUGGCUGGUGGUCUGAGUGGCCCCAAGGUCUAGCCUUUGAAACAGGAUGUUGUGUUCCCUGAGCAGCUCCCAGUACAUGCUAUGGCUUCCCUGCCAGCUCCUGCUAGUGGGCCACAGAUUUGCUGGCACAGACUCAGCCCAGCUAAUUUCAACAGUACUUUAUACAAGCAUUUGAAGAUCACAUCCAUCAUCCUAGUUUAUUAAGGUUUAGGAUGUUUUUGCUGUUUUAGGUUUUAGGGGUUUCUUGAAUCAAAUUAAUGCAAAAUUGUAGUACUUGCUUUUAAGUUGGAAAUAGCUAGCAGUUUGAAAAGCAGAUAUCAUUAAAAUCCUUUCUAGACUGUCAUUAUGGGCAGAAGCUUCAUGAAAGUGAACAUGAAAUGGGUAAAGUAUAGGGGAAGCUAAAAUUUUUAAUGGAACUAUUAAACACAAAUCUUGAAUUUUGAAAUUAUUUAGAAGUGACUCAAAAUUAAGAAAGAUUUCUCCUUUUUCCCAUUUUGCUGAUGCAGAUAAAAGCAUGUUCCUUAGCAUUGCUGCUAUUAAAAAUAAUGAAUAAGUCCUUUAGCUAGUGAUAUGGUUAGGGACAAAAUUUCUAGUUGUGUUGAUGGCCAACCAGAAGGCUGUCUGUGAAUUACUGACUCCAAUUCAAGGCAUAAGCAGGUCUCACUGUGUUGACCUAGGGCUUCAGGGCUUUGUACAAAGAGCUGAGUUUAACUCCUGUGCAGGGGAGGAGAAGACUGUGCUAGUGAGGGACAUAGAAUUUAUAAGUUUUCAUAAAUACAGAAGGCAGUGUUGCCAUACUCACAGAAGGAGUGCUGGCUUUUGCUGGGCAUUUUAUUAGUGAAAUGAAUGUAUUGCAGACCUGCUGCCCUGCACACUGAAUAUUUGAUCCUCUCUAAAGAGCCUAGCAUUGUGAGCUUUAAGAAAAGCAUGUGAUACAUGAAGAAAAGGCCAACAUCAAACUUACUAUAUAAAGAUAGAUACCAGGACUCCAAUUAGACAUUCACAGAGUCAUAGAAUAUGCUGUGUUGGAAGAGACCCAAGGGAUCAGGAUCAUCUAGCCCAUCAUCCUGGCCCUACACAGGAGCCCCAAAAAUCCCACCAUGUGCCUGAGAGCAUUGUCCAAAAGCUACUUGAACUCAGCUGGACUUGGUGACCAUUUUCCUGGGGAGCCUGUUCCAGUGUCCAGUCACCCUCUGGGUGAACAAAUUUUACCUGUUUCCAACCUAGCACCCAACAUAAAAUCCAAUCUAAACCUCCUCUGACUCAGCUUCACAUAAUUUCCUUGAGUCCUGUCACUGGUCAUGAGAGUGAAGAGAUGGGUAUCUGUUCCUCUGCUUCCCUUCCUGGGGAUGUUGAAGACCACAGUGAGGUUUCCCCUCAGUCUCCUCCAGGAUGAACAGACCAAGUGACCUCCUCAUAAGGCUUCCCUCCAGAUACUUCAUCCUUGUGGCCCUCCUUUGGACACUCUCUGACAGCUUAGUGGGUUUUUUUAUAAAAAAAAGAUGCCCCCAGCACUCGAGGUGAGGCUACCCCAGCUCAGAGCAGAGCAGGACAAUCCCCUCCCUUGCCUGGCUGUGAUGCUGUGCCUGAUGCCCCCCAGGACAGGGUUGGCCCUCCUGGCUGCCAGGGCACUGCUGACUCACGUUCAACUUGCCAUCAACCAGGACCCCCUGAGCUCUCCACAGUGCUGCUCUCCAGCAUCUCAUUCCUGUCUGUGCACAAAACCAGGACUGUCCUGUCCCAGGUGCAGAAUCUGGCACUUGCACUUACUGAACUUCGUGCAUUUGAUGAUUGCCCAUCUCUGUUUUGUCAGGGUCUCUCUGCAGCGCCUCCCUGCCCUCAAGGGAAUGCCAGUUUAGCUCCUCCCAAUUUGGUGUUGUUGGCAAACUUACAUCCCUUCCAGACCUGUGUCCAAGUCAUUUAUGAAGAUGUUGAAAAGCCAAGGGCCAAGGAUGGAGCCAUGUGGAACUCCACUAGUGACAGAACACCAUCCUGAUGAGUCACUACAACCCUUACAACCCUUUGUGCCCAGCCCAUGAGCCAGUUGCUCACUAAUCAUGGAACGUGGUUUUUGGGCUGUGUGCUGGACAUCUUGUCCAGAAGGAUACUGUGAGAGACAGUGUUGAAAGCUUUGCUGGAGUCCAAAAAGAUUAAAUGAGCUGGCUUUCCUAGAUCAACUAAGUGGGUUACCCUGUCGUAGAAGGAAAUCAGUUUUGACAAGCAGGACUUGUCUCUCAUGAAGCUGUGCUGGCUGUGACCAAUGACUACGUUAUCAUUUGGAUAUUUUUCAUUAUCUCCCAGAAUAAUCCUUUUCAUGAUUUUACCUGGCACUGAAGUGAGACUGACAGGCCUGUGGUUUCCAGGGUCCUUCUUCCUCCCCUUCUUGAAAACCAGGACAAUGCUUGCCAGCUUCCAGUCAGCUAGGACCUCUACAGAUUCCCAAGAGACUUCAGGUUCAAACAGUGUAGCUUCUUGCUCUGUCAUCUUCUCUGAAUUUUACUUAUCUGUAGUUCCUAGGUACUCAAGAGGGGUCAGAAAGAAUCAGGUUUUAGUUCUGUGGGUUUUCUUAAAGUAGUAUUUGUGUGAGUAUAAAGUCAAAACUUUUGACCAAAGCCCUAUUCAAUUAUGUCACUACUCACAGUGCUAAAAAUGAAGCUGAGAGCCUUUGGGAUUCAGUUGUCUGCUGCUUCUAAGCAUGAAUCCAAAACUCCUGUAGGGGAACAACAAAGUUUCCACCCUAUGUGGUUUCCUCAUGGUUUUCAGCUGUUCUGUGGGAAACUUUACUGUAACAGUUGUAGCACUGUACAGCUUCACUGUAGCUGAAUGAUCUGGAAAGAUAAUGGGGACCACAUUUCCACAAAAUAUCAGCUAGGCUAUGGGAAGACCAGGAAAGAGAUUCCUCUUCUCUAGAAAUUAACUGUCAGAUCAUGAAAAGAAUUUAAUUCCUUUUUGCUCUUAAAUUUUUCUGGUAGUUGGAGACCAUAUUCAGCUUGGAGUAUUUAUAGGUAUUUUUGGACCCUCUGUUUUGUUUUAGUUUGUUUUUUAACUAGCAGGAGAACCACUAGUUUGUCAGGUGUGGAUUAGAUGCAAAAUUUGUUUCAAAAAGUCAGGAGGCUUUUUUUUGUAGGCAGAGAAGAGCUUCAUUGGGCCACCAGCUCCAGUUACUAACUUCUACCAUCCUUCUGUCAUCCAACAAGCAGGGAGAGCAUUCCACAUUACAUAUUCUCUAAUCAGCAUGGCGUCCUGCCUCAGAGCAGGCUUUCUUGUCUUGCUUUUCUAUGUAAAGUGUUUUUUUUUCUGAACUCUGGAAUUGGUGCUUGAGAGCAUUUCUAGGAGACUGUGGCUUCAGGAGGCCCCUCUGUGCUUGUUGUUAAACAGGGGCCUUGCAGAGAAAGAAUUGAGCAAGGUCUCCUUGCCUUUAAAACUUGCACUUCACCAUGCACUGCUCUUGCAGGGCAUUGAGCACUUCUAAGACUUCUGAA